UCACGUAAUUAGGCUGAAUUUUACUGGACUAUUUUUGUAUUUUCUACCCAACGUUGACUGCAAUUUUUACUUACAAUUUCUUUCCGUGUAGAAAAUAGUGAUGAAUAUGGAAUUAUGUUCCAUUCAAAAUAAUUCAUACAACCAAAGUUCUUUUACAACUCUAAAUUGAUGUUUAGCUGUUAGUUGUGCCCAUCGAUUGAGGACGCGCAUGUCUAGAAGGUUGUAUGAAUCCGAUCGUGCAUUUUAUUAUUUUUAUGUAUAAAAAAAAUAGUGGCUCGAGAGUUUAAGGUGAAGGCAGCGUGAAUUGGGUUAACCCACUGAGACUAAAAGGAGCUAAAAAAGCAGUGAAAAGUAACGAAAACGUUGUGCUGGAUUUAAUAUAAACGAAUAAGUCCUUGGUAAACGGACGAAAGUUUUUUCUGCCGUAGGUUGAAUUCUCAGUAUUCUAGGUGGUGAGUGGUCUUAUACCUUAAUAAAUAUCCGUGAUUAUAAUAAGUCAUUGCACAUAUGAAAAAGCAGUGUCACGCACAUAAGAAAAUUAUCAUUGAGAUUUUUCUACCAACUAAGAAAGAUAUUGAAAGUGAAAAUAUUUCGAUCGCAGUCGUAGAAAGUAGAGUGCGUCGAAGGAUGAUGAUGGAUGCAGUGACUAAAACGUUCAAUAAAGCAUCGAGACUUUUAGGACGGAAAAAUGUUUUUACUGAUCAUCUUCCAACACCCCCUUGGAUCCACACAGUUCCAACUCAAGAGUGCGACAUCGUUGUGAUAUUUCCCAAGGAUGAAAGUAAGGAAAGUCUUAUUUGGUUACUGGAGAGGCUCCGCACUGGUACACCUGGACUUGUGAUUAGUGUUCAUCAUCAUGAAUCUUCAGGAAGCGACGGAUUUUACAUCACAGCACCAUUUCUCACUCUCUUGAAAGCUGCUGAAGAAGUUAGUUUACCGAAAGCCCUGCGUCAAGAAUAUGGUGGACAUUUGACGGAGUUCGUAUGUGCUGAAGUAAGUUGCUUCAAAGAUAGUGAUGACGAAGGACUGUUCUUUACAAGUCAAGAAAGGCAAUCCCUAGUAUUGCAUCAACUUUAUUCACUACGGGCAACUCAACAAGAUGUGGCUGGUCUUCCAAGUGCUAAGCUGGUUGAGGGAGAAGCAGUAUUCCCCAAAUGCUUAUCGGAAGGUGUUAUUUCUCAGGUGUUCCCGCUUCAUGAAAUUCCGAAACUCGAAAAACUACAGAAACACUGGGUCCAGACAUUUUUGAGUCUUCAACCUAUCGAUGAUAUAUAUGAGUAUUUUGGAGUGAAGAUAACGAUGCAUUUUGCAUGGUUAAGAUAUUAUACUAUGUGUCUCGUUGUUCCUACUGCAUUGGGUGUCAUAUACUGGACAAUUGGUUCUUCAAAGGUCGGCAUUAUUGGAAGGAACCAGGAACUAGAAGAUGUAGUUUAUGUCUUAUUUUCUACAUUUAAUCUCAUCUGGACCAUUGUUUACUUGGAAACAUGGAAACGGAAAAUCGCAGAACUCACAUACAAAUGGGGCACUUUGGAGAAAAGAGAUGGCAUACUUAUGAAACCUAGACCUCUUAACGAGGGUACUUGUGAAAUAUCACCUUUCACAAAAGGGUUAAGGCAUACUUAUCCAAACUUGGCUCGAAAUGCGAUACGAUGUUGCAUAACACUACCAACAACUGCAGUUUUUCUUUUCUUCGUUUUCAUCGUCAUGAUUCUGAGUUUUCGAAUACAGGACCGGUGGGAUGAAUAUCUGAAAGUAGCAGGCUACGAAUUAUGGUUAAGUUACAUUCCGAAAGUUUUACUUGCAAUGAUGAUUGCGUUGAUGGAUGAAGCCUAUCUUAAAAUAGCCAUCAGAUUGAAUGAUUUGGAAAACUACUGUCUGCCCACUGAAUAUGAGAACCAUCUUAUCUACAAAGUGGCAUUGUUUCAGUUUGUCAACUCUUUCCUGUCACUUUUUUAUAUCGCAUUCUACCUUCAAGAUCAAGAAAAACUUCGCGAACAACUAGCGGCACUGCUUAUUACUCGACAAAUUAUUAGCACCUUCAAGAAGUCUACGAAUCCGUGUGUCAUCGAAAAACUUCGGUUUGCACGUUCGAGAUUCGAAACAAUGUGUCCGAGUGAAGGGAAUCCAACAACUCGCGAUGAGAAAGAUCAUAUGUAUAAUUCGUCAGAGCAGCCAGAACAUUCUGAUGGAGAGAAGAAAGAAACAAAAUGUACCGGAGGAAAACAGUCACGAAAAAUGAAACAAGCAGAGCUGGAAAGUUUGCUGUACAAAUUUGGACCUGCGAAUUUUUUAGGUCGGGACGUUACUUAUAAGACUGACGGUGCUUUUUUAGAACACCUCGAGAAGCUGUUACAACUUGGUUAUGUGUCUCUAUUUUCAUCAGCACUUCCACUUGCGGCAGCUACAGCGUUAUUGGGUAAUCUUGUCGAAAUAUCUGGAGAUUCAUUCCAAAUAUGCUUUCUUUCACAACGGCCAUUCGGCCAACGCGUAUCAAGAAUUGGUUUUUGGCAGAACGCGAUGGAGGCCAUAGGAAUUGCUUCAAUUUUGAUUAACUGUGUUUUAAUUGGUCUCAGUAGUCAAGUUCAGCGCAUGUUUCCAAAGUUGUCAGCAGAUAAAAAAAUUAUUGUGAUCGUCGCUUUCGAGCACGCUUUGAUGGCCAUGAGAUUUAUGAUAACUUACGCUGUUUUUAAUUUACCCACCUGGAUGGCAACAAAAGUGACUCAAGUUGAGUACCAUUCUCAGAAAGCCAUGUUACAUUCCUCUUCGACUGAACAACAAAUCCAAACUGUUAUAGGCAGAUUUAUGGUGACUCCAUCAGCCAAAGAGGACCAAGAGCCUAUCACCCCAUUCAAGUUCCCAGUUGAUCUUGAAACAAGAGAGAAUUUGUCAGACUUUCAAACAUCUGUUACUUCUUUACCUGGAUUAGAAAAGUCGAAUUUAGGUAAAAAGUCUUUGUCUCAAAUUAAAAUACGUGGAAGUAUUUGUAGUGACUUUGAAAGUUUCUCACCGAAAUUUUUGAGAAGUUCUCAGGAUCUUCAAUAUCCGCCAAGAUAUUCAAUUUUAGGUGGCAUCGAAGGUCACGGAUCCAGACAUAAGAUAGCUUCUGAAGGUGUGCCAUUAUCACCUAACGCCGAUCAAUACAAUCAUCAUCUCACUAUAGAUAAUCACGGUGGAAUUGAAUGGAUCCGGAAUAUCGAUCGUAGUCGUGCCAGAAUCAGGAACAUACGUGACUCCAACGUUGUUGAAAAAUCAGUGAAUGUAGAAAAUGAUGUUCAUGGUAAUAAAAACUCUGAUAGUGUAGAACAGUCAGUCUACCAAUCAGUUGUUUGCAUUCCACUUGCAGAAACUGUAUCAUCUCUAGACAACCAUUUACUUCGUUCUAUACAAACAUGGAACACUGGUCAUAAAAAUCAAAAAUUGCAAUUAUCUCCGGAAAAUGAGGUAGCGUACGGACGUAAAAAAAACGAUAACUUACAGCAACAGUCAUCGCUAAAACAGCUCACUACUCAGCAUCUUCAAAUUCAAGACCAUUAUGACAAGAAACGAUCUUCCAAUAAUACGGAACCAAGUGAAUUAUAUGAUUCUAGUCAUGCUUUUCUUUGCCAAGAUGACGGAAAACUGUUCGAAGAAGAUAAAGAAGCAAAAAAAACUCGAAUAAAACAGAGCCUGAUGAAACGAGCUCGUUCUGUUGCAAUUUUCUCUCUGAAACUCAAAGAACGUCGUGCUCGUGAUACUGAGAUAAAGAAGAAAGAGCUUGAAAAAGAAAUAAGAAGUCAGAAACAUGACAGAAAGGUGCAGCCAUGCGUUAGUGGAGAACUUUCUUGCAUUCCGAUCGAAAUGCUUAUAUCUGUAGAUGAUAUUGCUGCCAUGGAUGAAAGUAAAACAAACUCCUAGUGAUCGAAAUAUCGACCGAUCGAAGGCCAGAAAGUUAUUUUGUAGAUUUGUAGUGUAAUAAUCCGAGGGCAUAAUUCGUUCUUACAUCAGGAUGAAAUGGAUUUUCAUUUGACAACCUAAAACAAAGAGACAAUAGACAAAUAAUAAAUAUGGUGCACAUAAAUAUUGAAAGCGUAUUAUUAUGUCAUUUUCUAUAGAAAUAAAUAACAUUACAACUGACUUCAAAAUUCACCAACAUUAAGAAAACUAUAUAAUAUUCAAGAUUAUAUAAUAUCAUUCAUCCUUUUUUGCUUUAAAUAUUAUCUCAACAAAAAAAAAAAAAAAAAAAGUGUCAAGUAUUCGAAAUCGUCACUAAUUGUGAUUCGUCACAAUUAAGAUGUGAUACCAGAAAGACCCAAAAGAUAUAUAUUUUUGACGCCUGUAAUUAGGUCUGAACUAUUGAAAAAAUUUUAUACUUUAUCCCACCUAAUGUAAAUUAUCUUUAAUACUGAAAUUUUAUUUGGGGGAAAAUAGGAAGGGUCAGGUAUAAAAUUUUUUCAAUAGUUCAGACCUAAAUAUACAUGCGUUGAAAAUAUAUAUCUCCCUUGUCUUUCUGACAUCACAUCUUAUUUAAUAUAUUGUGACAAUUUCGCAUACUUGACACUUUUUUUAUAAAAAAAAUUUGUUUUUUUUUUUUUGUGUAGAUAUCACAUCUUUUUGUAAAGUCAUUUGAUUAUAUCGAAUUUAAUAAAUCCACCCUCAAAAUUAUUGUUUUGUAACUUUGACACAUUUACUGACUUUUUUCGACUUUUGAUACAUACUUCGCAAAAAGUUAUUACCAACCUAACAAAAGAAAUCUGGACUUUCUAAAUUUAAAAAUAAUAGACGAAAAGAGAUUGAAGUGAAAAAAGAGGUAUGAGGGAGAAAACAAAUGCAAUGUUAUUAUACCAACAAAAUAACGGAAAUCUGGACUUUUUAAUAAAAAACCCAAUAUUUUAAAAUUGAAUCUGUUACUAAAAAAAAAAAAAUACAAGCGAAAAACUUAAUAUUUAAAAAAAAAAAAGCUUGAUAUUGGUUCAUGAGAUGGGUCUGAAUAAAACUUCGAUAUUAUGAAUUUAUAUAUUUUAAAUUAGUGAUUCUAAGAUUAGCAAGGGCAGAAGUUAUCUCUGUGCGGUGUAUAACAGGCUCGGUAGUACUUUUGCGAUUUUCAUGAUGCAACUCUGAACAAAUAUCGUUCCUUCAUUGUUUAUUAUGUAUCGUUUGUAUAUUCAGUAACAAAAAAAAAAAGAAAAAAGAGUCAAAUUUUUUUUUAUCAGUUAUAUCUAGAAGGUUGUUUUGCUCUGUCUAUCAACCAGCAAUAUUUCAAUAACUAAUUGAGAUAUCAAUUUCUUAUCCAUUUUUUUUUCGAACUUCGAAGAGUUCUACCUAAAAAUAGUAUUAUAUUUUGUCAACAUUAAAAAUAAUUUUAAAACAAGAAUGUUGGAAAAAAUAAAAAGUUCUUUCGCCGUGAUCCGGACCGGAGUUCUUUACUUUCCUGGACAAGUGCCUACCUCUAAGCCGCAGGGUUUCUUCCUUUUUUUCAAGUUUUAACUGAAUUAAACACUAACUUCUUUCGACCGUCAUUUAGAGCCAUUCUUCAAUAUGAGAAUCGAAAGAGCAAAACGAAUUCUAUGAUAGUUAGAUAUCAAAUCCCUACACCCGCUUAAUUGAGUCCCUUUCAGGCUUUGAUUAAUUUCCCCCCUCCUCCCUUAUACUCUAUAUCGGGAUGAUAUCUAUCAAUUUUCCAUAUCCUUUGUAUAUAACACAUCCCUUCCGAAAACUUCAUGUCCGUUUGUAAUCCCAUCUGCGUUGCGAGCUAGUAGAGAAUAUGUACAGGGCGAUAGAUGGGAGAGUGUAAAAUUAGGAGCGAGGGACUCUCAGUAACUUGACUAUCCGCACAAUUCAAAAAGUUGCAGAGAUAGUCUGGCUCUUGAACUCUCUACUGGUUCGUUCAGGCUUGUUUCUGGUUCUCUCUAUCUUGUUUUGGAUAUCUGAAAGUUUUCUCUACUCAUCGGAUGUAGUUUCACGGUAAAACUGUACUCGAAUUUCCAAUAAUAUUAUUAACAUCCGUACGGUCACGAUGGAUCUUUGUUUGGUUCUCUAUAAUGAGAAUUAUUAUUUUCACACAUCACACUGCAUGAUAUAACCUCACGAUCGACUGCGGUAUGCUUCGAAAUUAUGUUCAUAUUGAGAUAUAUUAUUUUCGUAAUGGCUACGUAAGUAUGAGACCUGGUCACGAUUGCUUGGUCACUCAGUUACCUGGUUCUAUAAAAUACAUAUUCUCAAUGAUGUAUGUCCGAGUCAGUAUCAUCGAUAAGUAUAAUUGCACGGUAAAGUAGUAAAGUGAUAUUUUGUUUCAGGAUAGUUUUUGUCAACUAUGGUUUCCGUAUUUCAUAAUCUGAUCAGGUAGACUGCAUCCUUUCAACAUUUUUUGACUGAGUUAUCGUCCACGUUUAAGUUUCUGUUACUUCCACGUUGAUCCAGGCAAGUUCUGUUUUAAA